GCGGGCUCCAAGUAAGCAUUGACUUCACUCAGGCUUUUGAUCGGGUAGAUCGAGGCUUGCUCAACUCAGCCCUACUUAUGAUGAAAGUCCCGGAGGAGCUACGGAGCUUAAUCAUGCAGUGGGUGGAGACCACGACAUUUCAUGUUGUACAGGAUGACGAAGAUGAGAUGUUUGCCGCAUCCAGGGGGAUACGUCAAGGCUGCUGGUUAUCUCCGACAUUAUGGGUAUGCGUCUCAGUCUUUCUUCUGCACACCAUUGAACAGGAGUUGGGGGAACGAUGGUGCAACGAUCACUUGGUGGGAUUCGCAGACGAUACCCAUUUGCGAUGGGAUAUCUUCACAGCUCCGCAACUUCACCAGGCCUUGGACCAAGCCCAUCGGGUACUUCACAUUCUGGAGCAGGCGCGUCUCAAACUCAGCAGGGACAAAACCGUAUGCUUAUUACGAUUGGAAGGAGGACAAGCAGCCCACAUUAAGCGAAAGAUCACGGAGAAGACCAAAGAUGGUCGGUACCUCAAGUUAGGAGCAUGCAUCACCUACGGGGACUUUGAACACAAGAACGUGAAGCACAGAGUUCAUGCAGGCAAAGUUGCAUUUCAGCGUGUACGAAAAUUCCUCAUGGCCGAAAAAGCGGCAUCACUACAGAAGCGACUUCGACUCUGGAAGGCCAUCGUCAUCCCCACAGUCAUGUACUCGAUCACCGCGUCAGGCUUGCUCCCCAAGGGAUUCGAUUUACUCCGCAUUAUGUUGACCCGACCGGCGAGGGCUAUCGCACGAAGCCCAAGGUAUCGGACAGGGGGGGAAAACGGCGAAGACAUCAUCACAGAAUCGGAUGAGAGCUUUUGGCGCAAGGUCGGGUUGUGCUCACCGGCGGAGUUGGUUCGACAACGCCUCGAGGCCACGGUUACACGUACCAAGCAGUUCUGCAGCACGCUACCAGAAAAGGAUGCACGGGGUGGAUGGCAUGCCGACGUGCUCUAUGUGCGGGCAUCGUUUCUUGAGGAGCAUGAGGCCAGAACAUUUCAGUGGAGACGGUCGCAGUUUGCUCGCAUCACAGGCACAUGUGAAUGGUGCGACAAGAAAGUGAGCAGAGGUGAGAAUGCGGAUACAAUGAGUGCCGGAACCGAGCUUGUGACAGUACCGUUGCCAGAAGUUGCGGCGAACAAACAUUGGACCAAACAGUGUGGGCAACUUCCAAACCAGUGGUUGAAGCUCUGUGUACACAGUGGGCCACCAGCCUCAAAAGUCCUUGUCAGUUUUGCGGAGGCUGCCUUAAAGCAUUCACUAAGUGCUACUCCGGCGGUCGUUGACGAUAGCGGGCCAAACCUCGGAGGGGGAGUUCCUGGAAAUCUUCGGGGCAACGAUGCCGGCUCUUCGGGACAUUGUGGCGAAGAGGGCAGCGGAGGGAUCAGGACAGCACGGGCCAAACAAACGGCCACACUUGGAGACUACAAAGGUUUCCAAGGGCAAGGGCUGGGGCAAGGGAAAUCGCGGCGGAAACGGAUGGAACAAUCGGUUUCACAGCGCGAACUCCACUCAGAACCCGAACAGAUCUCCACAGAGGAUUGGCAGCACAUGAUGCACAUCAUAUCGCGCCUCUUAGUGCAACACGACACGGAAUUGCAGAUGCUAAAGCUGGACAAGCAGUACCUUCUCCACUUCGAGAUGGGGCCCCAGGGAAUGGUUCACAUGUUUUGGGAAGCUGCUCAGGUUUGGAAGAAAGCCAGAGACGAACAGCCCCCGAAAGUGGACAAAUCGUUGAGGAUCACCCUUCUGCUGUGCAUGAUGAUGGAGUUGGAGGGCCGCUUGGACAAGAUGAUGGUUCACGAACAGACCAAGGACAACUUGAUCAAGCACGGCUGGUUGCAGACGACCAUGGGGCAACCGGCAUGGCCCUACAUG